CGAGAUUCAAUCAACAGGAACAAUUGCACAUAAACCAUCGACUCGGAAUACACUGAACGCGAAACAAGUUCACCAUGUCUGGGGCGGUCCUCAGCUCUCUGUGCAGCAUUUGCCACACCGAACCGCCAAAGUACAAGUGUCCCCGAUGCAACGCCCGCACUUGCUCCCUGCCGUGCAUCCAAAAACACAAGACCCGAGCCGACUGUGAUGGUCUACGAAACCCCAGGGCAUUUAUGCCAUUGAAUCAGCUCAAGACCGCCGCCGGAAUUGACCACGACUACAACUUCCUCUCAGCCAUUGAGCGCGCCCGCGAGCGAACCGAAAAAACCGUUGUCGAAGCCCGCCAGUUACUGAGUGAGAAGGAGCUGCGACCCCAGAACCAGGAAAAGGGUUUCCAGAAGGUUUGGUACGGCGAUGAGUUGCACCACGUCCCGGUCCAAUCCCAACCCUACAAGAAACAUGGCCGACCACAAGAAGCACCGGCAUUGAUCGAAGGUUUCGACAAACACAUUCGGCGGCGACUGCGGUACCUCGACAUCGAAGCCACCACGAUGCCCAAGGGCAUGGCCCGCCAGAAGGACAACAAGACCUCUUGGAACAGGCGGACGCAGUCCAUCAACUGGCAGGUAGAGUGGCUCGUCUACCGCGGGUCCGAUCUAGGUUUCCCCGGCCAAAAAGACGACCAGCAGCCCCUCCGCAUCCUCCACAAAACCCUCGAAGGCAUUCCCGUCCACGCGGGCCUAGCAUCCGCCCUCGACUGGCACCGCGGCCAACUCGACCGCCAAAGCCACGGCCAGCCCGACCCGACCGAAACCGACAACGAAACCGACCCCGACGAGCCCUCCUCCCCCCCACCCCCCAAGAAACGCAAAGCCCUCCACCCCAACAACAACAACACCACCAACAAAAAACAACAACAUCCCCAACCCCAACCCCUCACGCAAGACCCCUCAACCUCCACCUGGCCCGCCGCCCCGCACACCUCCCAAUACCCCCUCACCAGCGCCUGGUCACAGACAACCACCCGGCCCCACAUCGACCGAACCCUCGAAGAAGAGCUCCUGACCUGGGAUUUCUACCUCGUCAGCGCCGCAGGCGUCACGACAACCAAGACGCUCGUGCCGCUCGGCGCGGGUGAUACUCUCGCGGGUGUGCUUGCGGGCCGGACGGUGUUGGAGUUCCCUACGGUGGUGGCGCUGCCGAGGGGGUGGGGUGUGCCGGAGGGGUGGGUGGUGGGGGUGGGGGAGCGGAGGGUGCGGAGGGUGCGGGGGGAUGGUGCCGAUUUGGGGAGGGGGGGGAGGGGUGGUGGUGGUGGUGGUGGUGGUAAUGGUGAGAGGUUUGCUGGUGGGAAUAAUAAUAAUAACAAGAAGAGGGUGUUUGAGGGCGGCGGCUACAGAGCGCGGGAGUGGGGUCAGAGGGGGGGUGCGUCCGGCGGCGGGUAUGGGAGGGGCGGGAAGAGGGCGAGGUAUGAUUCGAGAGGCCCUAUGCGCGCGGCUGUUGAGCAGCAGCCCAAGCAUGAGGAUGAGGCUGAGGAGGGAGAGGUUAACAGUGACGGUGGAGAGGUUAUCGCCACCACUGAGACGGCUGUCCCCCUCGGUAGCGGACCGCGGAUGGAUCUUGACUGGGAGGCGAGCAGUGUCACUGUUGGCCGGGAGGUUAGUAUCACACUCGGUCGUGAGGUCGGUCGUAGUAGUGUUACGGUCGGCCGGGACGAGGAGGAUGGAGAGAUUCAAGAGGGACCUGCAGAGGGGAGGCUUCGAGCUGGGCUUGUUGAUUACGGGUCGUCGGAUGAGUCUGACUGACUGAGGCUGUUGCCCGUUGGGAUUUAAUGGUGUUUUGUAUGCUAUCUGGGGGAUGACACCUUGAUGUAGAUUUGGGAUAACAGUUCCAGGACAUCGUACCCUAAUCUGACGGGGACACA